AUGACUGGACAACGUUUAAAUGCUUCACAAGUAUGUUUAACAGAAGAACAGAUGCUCUUAGCUUUUAAUGGUGUUGAAAGAAUUUUAACUGGAUAUAUAACACCUAUAUUAAUAUUAUUUGGUGUAAUUGGUAAUAUAACAAAUCUAACAGUUCUUAUGACACCAUCAUUAAGAUCAAAAUCAAAUAUAUUAUUAUCAGCAUUAGCUUUAUCUGAUUGUAUUUUUCUCCUUUUAAUAUCUCCACACUCAAUGGCUAAUUUUAAUUUUUUUGCUCUUAACAAUACAUUUCGUUACCUUUAUUUCCGCCUAAAGAUGCAUUUGAUAGCACUUGCUAAUUUUGCUUCUGCCUCUGCAAUUUGGUUUGUAUUGGCUAUUUGUCUUGAAAGAUUAAUAGGAAUUAAGUAUCCUUUAUCAGUAAGAAAAUAUGGAACUAAAUAUAUAUAUUUUAUUGUAAUUGGAACUAUUAUUGUGACUUUUAUAUUAACAGGAUAUAGUCAUAUCAGUUACGAUUGUAUUAUAAAAAAAUUUUGUAAUGAUACUCAGAUUCAUUCUAUUUGUUUUUCUGUUCAACAGGAAAAAUGGACAGCAAAUCUCCCAAAUCAUCAUUCAACUUUUAUUAAAUUAUAUGUUAAAUGGAAUACACGUAUUAAUGCUGCAUUAGUUGUUUUUCUUCCAAUAAUUUUAGUUUUUUGGUCUAAUCUUUUAUUAAUAAUGACAUUACGUAAAAGACAAAAAUUUAUGGAAAAAAGUAAUAAUAAUAUUAAGGAAGGUGCUGCAAAAUCACAAAUGAUGUUAGAACAAAAAAUUACAAUAACGGUAUGCGCAAUUGUUACAUGCUUCACAGUUACCCAAGGACCAAGUGCUGUUGUUUUGUUGAUGUCUGAUCUAUUAAAUUAUAACACCAAAUUAGCUACAUCAAUUGCUUUUAUACCACAGUUUCUUGUUAUAUUGGGGAAGAGCAUGAAUUUUCUUCUUUUUUGUUUAAGUAGCUCAAACUUUAGGCAGAGACUUCUUUUAUUAACAAAAAAUCGUUUUAAACGAUUUACACCAAAAUCUAAAAGAAAUUCUAAUAAGUCGAAUGAAAUAAAAGAUUACGAUACAAUGAUAACAACAUGUCAUGGUAAUUGUACUAUUUCUACUAACAAUGAAAGUAUUUUAAUGGGACCUAAAAAUUCAACAUCAACAAUAUCCUCCUCUAUAAAAAUGUUAAUACCUAAAAAAUGUUCUUUACCAAAUUCUAAAUGUUAUAGAAAUACUAAUAUUAAUAAUAAUCUUGAUUCUAGAAAAGUUUCAUUACCAUCAAAAUAUCAUUUGAAAAGUUAUUCAAAAGAUGGAAGGCAAAUUUCUUAUAAAAGUCACUUUAAUAAUUCUAAUAGGCUUGAUGAACAAUCAUUAUUUGAAAAUAAACUUGAUGAUGAGAAUAAUUUAAUAACUGUACUUUAA